GGGAGUGAGUGAGAGAGUUAGAGAGAGUAUCGGGGAAACGAACCUUUUUGUUUCAGUUACCUUCCUCUUCUCUCUCUUUUCUCUCAUCCUCUCUAUGAAAUGUGCGUAUUUUUUCCUUUACAAACUUUUUUUUUUCCCUUCAUUGAUUUACAAGAUAUGAGCUUUGUUUGAUGAAUCUAAUGCCUUCUCAUGAGUUACCUCACGGGUUUCAAAUUGUGGACACGUUGUCAGUGGUGGCAAGAAUACUAGUCCACUAGAAUCUUCUAGAAACCAAGGAACACUUGCAAAUACUUUAGGGAAAAACUAAAUGGAUUCAAUUACCACAACUCCUGUUCCAACUUCUGACAUUCCUAUUAAUCAGGGUAACAAUCGGGCAAUGUCUCAUAGGCUUUCCGCCCGCUUUCCUUCAUCAAAAGAUGCCACUUACCCUGAUGACAUAGUUAACGAAUUCGGUCACUCACCAUUAUCUGGAUCGAGACGAGGGAUGGAAACAGGCACGAGGAGCAGGACGUUGAAUAGAAAUUCAAGUAAAGCUCAUAGAGGGAGCGCGAGCGCAAAAUUUGACCCUUCAGUGUCAAUGAGAAGAUCAGGCAUGCAUAGCGAGGACGAUGAGGAGGAGUCAGAAGAAGACGAAAAUGAGGAAGAGAGCGUGGAAGAUGGAGAUGAAAGUACGAAAGAGGGAGGGGAGGAGCCAGUGAGAAUGUCAUUGAUGGCAUUGUUAGCAGAGUCUGAGGGGUCAUCGUACAUGAUGGGAGAGGACGAGGACGAGGAUGAGGACGAUGGUGGUGGCGAUGUUGGUGGAGGAGAAUUAAACAAUUGUUGUGUUUGCCAAGUAAGACACAAAGGUGCUGCAUUUGUACCUUGUGGGCACUCAUUUUGCAGGUUAUGUUCAAGGGAGCUUUGGGUUGAAGGAGGUAAUUGCCCACUUUGCAACAAUUUCAUAUUGGAAAUUCUUGACAUUUUCUGAUCACUUCAUCAAAUGUUGAUCCAGUAAUUUUCACAUAUUCAGAGUUGCUCUACAAAUUUUGUCACCUUAGAUUUGUGUUGUUGUUUCUUUUUAUUUUUUAUUUUGCAUUUCUUCUUGUUUGUGGGAGGUAGAAAUGUAUCUAGUAAUUGAAGUUAAUGAAUACAGACUAUUACUGCACCUACUAACUUUUUAUAGCAAGAACAUGAACAUUUGGUCCUACUUUGGUCUUACUU